GACUACCGAGUUAAUUUUCACUCGACACCAAAAUAAAGGAAUUCCUUCCGUGCUAAAAUGGCUUGCCGGAUGAUUAUUUCCCCCGUGGCCCGUACCAUCGGAACGCGCAGCAUCACCACACAGAUUCUGGCCUCGCGCUGCGCUUCUAUCAAGGACGAAAUCACCCACACUGGCCAGUUCUACGACGAUAAGGACUACCGGAAUGCCCGUUUUGUGAAUGCCGCCAAGGUCGUGAAUCAGAACUGGGCCAUCAAGAUGAUCGAUGAAACGCCCAUCACCAUGAGCUCGUCGCGAGUUGUGUACUGUGACGGUGGUACCGAACCAGCUCUCGGACAUCCCAAGGUGUACAUCAAUCUGGACCAACCUGGAGCUCAUUCUUGCGGAUACUGCGGACAACGUUUCCAGAAAAAGGAUGAUCACCAUUAAAGAUUGUUUAAAUUGGAAGUUUUGUACAUUGGUCGCUUGCUGAAGUAGGCAUCCCGUGGCGUAUGUUAAAAUUCAAAUACAAUACAUGAUAAUAGUGAACACGCUGUAGAUUUGUUCAGUCAA